AUGCUAGACAAGGCGGGCUCUCAAAGCAAACACAUGGACGAAUCCAAUGCGGCUGCCUCUCUGCUUUCCAUGGAAACAACCGCCAACAAUCAGCACUAUCUGCACAACAAAACGGCUCGUCACACGCUCACGAAUAGCAGCCAAGAUGGCAGAAGUCACGCAGAGGAUGAAGGUAGCGAUGGAACAAAUCCCCGACAUCCUACUAUCUCCAGUGCUAGCAUUGAAUCUGUCAAGACCAGUUACGACGAAAACCCUCUACUUUCUAUCAUGAGAUUGACGUGUGCGCCCAAUAAUACUCCGGUGCAUACUCCGUCGGUUUCGCCGAGUUUGCAAGUGGGAGGUGGCACUGAUGUCAAAGAUGAUUCUAAGGAAAACGAUGCUACUGUAGCGGCCACUACCAGUCUUCAAGAUCGCCGUAACAGCGAUAACGCUGGCCACGGUGCCGCCAGCCCACUCGCGCCUUCCAAUACGCCUUCGGAUCCUAAGUCGCUGUGUAACGGCCAUCCCGUAGAAGGUAGAGUUGCACAGGUUUCGGAUACCAUCCAGCUGCAGCAUGCUACAAUGAACGAUGUUGUUUUCCCUUACUCCUCCACCUCAACUAAUAACAACGCUGCUGCUGUUGCUGCUGCUACUACUGUCGUCGCCGGCGCCAAAGAAAAAAUACAGUUGCCGCCACCAGCAGCUCCACCUAUUUCUUCCCCCGGUACCACCGCAGCUGGUUCGGGCUCGGGCUCGGGUCUGCGUUCCCGCACAGAAUCGGAUUUGCCGCUCAUGAUUACCAGCGCCAACAAAAACAAUGGGAAGAAUACCAAUUCGCCGCUGUCAAUACUGAGCAGAAACAACAGCACCAAUGACAACGAGAACAACUCGUUCCACAGCUCUGAUUCGAGAGAUUCCUCUAGUAAUAAUGAGAUCGGCCGGUUUUUGCGCUGCGAAACCAAGCCUAGAAGCAAUGGUUCGAACGACUUUCAAUCCCAGCAUAGUAACCAUGAUGAUCAGUACGCCAUAGGUGUGGCCCCCAGAAAUUUCUAUUUCAAUAAGGAUAGAGAAAUAACUGACCCGAACGUAAAGCUGGAUGAGAACGAAUCCAAAGUUAACAUCUCGUUCUGGCUAAAUUCGAAGUAUAGAGAUGAGGCCUACUCUUUGAACGAAUCGUCCUCCAACAACGCAAGUUCGAACACGGAUACGCCCAUCAACUCUCGGCGUACGAAUACCAGCUCCUCUAUUCCCAGCAGAAACAAUUUUCAGCAUUUUAGGUUUAACCAGGCCCCUUCUCAGCCUCCAACUUCAGCAUCUUCAUUUACAAGCACAAACAAUAACAUCGGCCACAAUAACAACAUCAACAGCAACAGCCACAACAUUCAACGAAACACUAUCAAUCGUGGAGAAGACCCGUUUGCCACUUCAUCAAGGCCUUCUACUGGGUUUUUCUACGGCGAUUUGCCACAUCGUAACAACAAAAAUAGUCCCUUCCGUGCAAAUGAACCAUACAUCCCGCCACCCCCACCGAAGUAUAUCAAUUCUAAGUUGGAUGGAUUGAGAUCAAGAUUAUUGCUUGGUCCGAAUUCUGCAUCUUCAUCUACUAAACUUGACGACGACUUGGGUACGGCCGCAGCCGUACUAUCAAACAUGAGAUCAUCUCCAUAUAGAGGUCAUGAUAGACCUAUUUCAAAUGUCAAUAAUAUCAAUAACACAAAUACACUCGGCGUACCGGCUAGCAGACCUCAUUCGUCAUCUUUCCCAUCAAAGGGUGUUUUGAGACCAAUCCUAUUACGUAUUCAUAAUUCCGACCAUCAACAAACGGCUUUUGAAAACAACAAUUCCACAGCUGUUUUUGAUGAAGAUCAAGAUCAAGACCAAGACCUGUCCUCUUACCAUUUAAACCUGAACUCUAAAAAGGUCAUAGACCCCUCUUUCGAGUCAAGAGCAAGACAAGUUACUUGGAAUAAAAAUGGCAAGCGAAUAGACAGACGCCUAUCUGCACCGGAACAACAGCAACAACUAGAAGUACCGCCGUUGAAGAAAUCGAGAAGAUCAGUUGGGAACGCAAGAGCUGUGAGCCAAACCAAUAGCGAUCAUAAUUCCUUUGGCGAAUCAGCGACUUCCUCAGCACCUUCAUCUCCUUCAUUAAAGGCAUCUUCUUCUAGUUUAGCAUAUGCUGUUGAUUAUCCCAAUACUACUUCUCCCGGUUCGACUAAAUCUAAGGGAAAAACAACCAAGUCUAGGACAAAAACCAAGGCGAAGCAAUCUUCAAAAAAAAGAUCAAGCAAUAACAACUCUAAAUCAAAAGCAAACAAUUCACAAGAAUUGAACACCACUGCUUCCUCAACCUCUCAAGGUACAAGGUCUCGUACCGGUUGCUGGAUUUGUCGGUUAAGAAAAAAGAAGUGUACCGAAGAAAGACCACACUGUUUCAAUUGCGAAAGGUUGAAACUGGACUGUCAUUAUGACGCAUUCAAACCUGAUUUCGUAUCCGACCCAAAGAAAAAGCAAAUGAAACUGGAAGAAAUCAAGAAAAAAACAAAAGAAGCCAAAAGGAGAGCAAUGAAAAAAAAGUAA